AACCCAAAGGUCAUUAGGCUCCGCUGCUUGUGUGAUAUGGCCUGCAGAUCAAACAGCGUUCUGUCCGAGCGGACAAACCAACAGGAAGAAGAUGACUCCAUUUUUACAGCCUGAUGUCAUGCUUCAAGUGAUGAAGAGUCAUUUUACGUCAACCGUCGUCCACCUUGCACUUCAUAGCCCAUACUUCCGUGCUCUCUUCUUUGGCUGCGGUGUGAAAGCACGAAAGGAAAUAGAGCUUAGAGGACUCCGCUUGCAGUAUUUCAAAGUGUUAAUGCCCAUGAGCCAGACUUCCAUUCUCACUCUGGACAGGGAAAAUGUUUUGGGGAUCCUUGGACUGCGGAUUUCCUCCAGCUGGAGCGAGCCAAGCUGCUUGUGCUGCAAAUUCCUUGAACGUGAGCUCCACCUCUGCAAUUGUUUGGGAAUGAUGGCUUAUGCCUGGCAACGAGGCUUUGCUCAACUCUUCAAUGCAGCAAGGCAGGUUGCCCUCACACACUUCUCUGAUGUUGUCUCUGAAGAGGACUUCCUGUCUUUGCCUAAGGAGAGGGCACACCUCCUUGCCAGCGAUGACCUGGCCAUCUAUCGAGAAGAUUUAGCACUAGAGGCGGCCCUACGCUGGGUGUCAUUUGAUAAAAAAAGAGAGGAACACUUCCUGGAGCUCAUUGAGCUGGUGAGGCCCGAGUCUCUAUCAUUGACAUUCAUCUCUAAACUUCUGGACACAAUGCCAAACAGCUCCGACCCUAGAGCCAAACUCAUCUGCAUGCUGAGACAUUUCCCGAUAUCCUGGUCAAUGGGGGAGGUCCCUGAAAGGACCAAAGAAACUCUUUUUGUAGUAGGAGGACCUCAUGAUCAGGAACAGCAGGCAUCCUAUCAAUUUCAGCCACUCACUGGGAGAUGGCAAAAUUGUGCACCACUGCAGAGGAAGAACCUUACACAAUACUCAGUAGCAGCAGUAGGAGACAGUGUUGUUGUGACAGGUGGCUACUUCCGUGACGUGCUCUGGUUCAGCGUGGACUGGGUCAGAAGAUACGACUGUAGGAACCAGCGGUGGUUGGAUGGCCCUGCUUUGCAGAAGUCCAGGCACAGCCACUGCUCCAUUGCGUUGGAUUCCACUCUGUAUGUCUUGGGGGGCAGCAUGGACGAAGGGCUGGUGGCUGAUGUUGAAAGACUGAUUCUUGAGUCAGACGAGGCUUGGGAAAGCGUCAGCCACAUGGACCGGGCGGUGGAAAGGGCAGCCGUAGCCACUCUGGGCCAGUGUAUCUAUGUUGCGUGUGGCCUAGAUGAAAAUGGAGAAGCGUUUGGUGGAAUACAACGGUACGACACCAGGAGGAAUCACUGGGAUGUCGUCUCUUAUUCCCCCUUUCCACGAUAUGACCUGGUUGCCACUGAACUCAAUGGCGCCAUCUAUCUGUUCGGAGGGCAAGCGUUGCGUUUUGACGUGGAGACGGAUGAGUGGACUGUUGUGCAGGAGGAAUCGCUGGAGAAAAGGUUCUUCUGCGGCUGCAGCACAGUUAAUGGCCAGAUCUUCCUGUUGUGUGAGAAAAAGUGUAACAAAGCACUCCCCAAUAUAGUUUUGUUUGACCCUUAUGUGGACACUUGUAUCAAAGUGGAGAAUUCCAUACCAUGUCCUGUUCCACUCAGAGGGUGUGUCACAAUUAAAGUGCUAACAUGAAUGUGAGUAAUGAAAGCAAUGAAAUAUCCAUGACGUUUAAAAACAUGAUUGAAGUCUUUGCAGGGAGGUUUCUAGUCACUUUUAAUGAAAAAGAAAUAUGACCAUAGAUUCUAUGGCAUAGAAUGAAUCAUGGUUCAGCCCUUUAAGUGCUUCAUAUUGUUGUUUACCACGAUGAUCAAGCACACUUGGGAUCUCUGUUCCAUACUGCUGGUAACCACAAAUUCAUACUCAUGAUGGUAUUUGAUCAACUAUUUUGCUCUUAAAGAGUCCAGAUGUUUACCUCUGUAGAUGUUCAGUAAUGCCCAUUAGUGUACAUACAAUGAUCAGCUGGAUUCACUUCCAGUCACAGUUUGUAAAGUUAAUCCUAGGGUAGUGUAAAAACAGUAAGGCUAAGGCAUAAACCAAAAGUGCUGUACAGAAAAUCACAACAAAAAAUGUCAUAUGAUUUUUAAAGUAACAGCAAAACUAAUAGGAUUAUGUACUCUUAAAUGGAAUGUCAAUAUUUUGACAUUGGGACGGAAUAUAUACAAGGAUAUGUUCUUCAUCAUCCGCCAGGGGGCGUUAGAUUUCUGUUGUGAUAUUUUGGGGCGUCACCCGAUCACUUGCUGUCACAAAAAAAAAGUUUAUACCGUGCCACAUGCUGUUCUUAGGUCACCCUGAAAAAAAAAAGUUGCAUUACUGGAAGAAUAGUUUUUCUCCUUAAUGUAGCUGCAUAUGAACAAAAAAGUUGCUGGAGCAGUUAAAUAACAAAUUUCCCAGAAAGUACGAUAAACCUGUUGCCAUCCAUACGCCAGAUUAAAACAUGGCUUCCUUCAAGUUUAUCAACUUUGUGUUCAAUUUAACAGGCCCAGAUUUCACACAGAGUAAAUCAAUUGAGACGGGAUUAUAUUUCAGUAUUCAGACCUUUUGUGGCAUUUCUUUUGGCGGUGUGUGCAUGAUGUUUGUACUAUAAAAAUGGAAAGCCUUGGCUCAAUAAAGGUUGGGAAACACCAUUGUAACAGAUCAAUUAAAAUAUCUCAUGUA